CCUUCAUAAUACUAUUAUGAAUGCGCGUUGAACGAUCAAACCAAAUCCCCAUCAAUCCCGUUCGUCCCCUCUUGGCAGGCGGUACUAAAUACCUUCCCUCUUUUACUUUUUUUGUGCUCCAUAUCCCUCUAUCUCCAUCUUUUGCUAAGCAAAGAUUGGAUUUUUAUCACAGUCAAAAAUUCUUUUCACGUCUGUAUAUAGAGGGUCCUUCUGUUCGGCGACAAGUUGUUGUUGGUCUUUCCGUUUGGUGGUAUAGUUGGUGAAUUGGUAUUGGGCGUGGCUUUAGCGUUUUUCUUCUUUUAUCAAUUCUUUGCUCAUAUUCAAACAAGGAGAAGAAGCUUCCUCUUUUGUUGCCGAUGGGUAAUUUCCUGCUGGGCGAAUACGACUACUCUGUUCGUUCUUUGUCCGUUUCGUGAGUCCUCUUUAUGGACGCAGAAAGGGAUUGGAGCUCUUGAGAAUUGUGAGAUGGGUAUUGGGUGUUGAGCGAAUUCUGUGAAGAUCAAUUCCUUUUGGAGUGAUUUGUUGAUUGUUGCAACAUGGGGUGCAUGUAUUCUAAGAGUUCAGCGGUUGAUGACAGCGGAGAGGGUGCCAAAGAUAGAGUAUCGUCUAGUAGGCGAUUAUCAGAACCGAAAACUUCAAGAUUGGAUUCAUCGAAGAGAGAGAAUGGGUUCAGGGCAAGAGAUAAGGUGGGUGAUGUGAAUGUUAUGUUGAUCGAUAAGAAAGUGAACGGGUCUGCCAGGUUGUAUGAUGAUCAGAUUGAGAAGAAAAUCGACCAUAUUCAGAAGCAGAGGAGAGAGAGAGCAGAAGCAGCUGUGGCGGCUAAUCACCCAGGGGCCGGUCGGGUCGUGAAGGCGGUCGAGGGCGAGCAGGUGGCAGCCGGGUGGCCGGUGUGGCUGUCUGCGGUGGCGGGAGAGGCCAUCAAGGGAUGGCUUCCGCGACGUGCCGACACUUUUCAGAAGCUGGACAAAAUUGGCCAAGGAACUUACAGUAGCGUGUACAGGGCACGAGAUGUCAUUAACAACAAAAUUGUGGCUCUGAAAAGAGUGCGGUUCGAUAAUCUCGAUGCUGAGAGUGUCAAGUUCAUGGCGAGGGAAAUCCACAUCUUGCGUAUGCUUGAUCAUCCUAAUGUUAUAAAGCUGGAAGGCUUGAUAACUUCAAGGAUGUCCUGUAGCCUGUACCUUGUUUUCGAGUACAUGGAGCACGAUCUUACAGGACUUGCGUCGCGGCCUGGCGUAAAAUUUCCGGAGCCACAGAUCAAAUGUUACAUGAAGCAGCUUCUAAGUGGUCUUGAUCAUUGUCAUAAACAUGGGAUCCUACACCGGGACAUAAAGGGCUCAAAUCUUCUCAUUGACAACAAUGGCAUCUUGAAGAUUGCGGAUUUUGGUUUAGCCAGCAUCUUUGAUCCUCAUCAGACUGCUCCACUGACAAGCCGGGUGGUAACUUUAUGGUACCGACCACCUGAACUUUUGCUUGGAGCUUCUCGCUAUGGAGUCGAGGUGGACUUGUGGAGCACCGGCUGUAUACUCGGUGAACUCUAUACUGGCAAGCCUAUAUUGCCAGGGAAAACUGAGGUGGAGCAACUGCAUAAAAUUUUUAAGCUUUGCGGUUCACCUUCUGAUGAUUAUUGGAGAAGAUUGCAUCUUCCGCAUGCAGCUGUUUUCAAGCCUCCACAACCUUAUCGACGAUGUGUUGCGGAGAUAUUUAAAGAACUCCCUCCAGCUGCUUUGGGUCUCUUAGAGACCUUAAUCUCUGUAGAUCCUUCACAAAGAGGGACAGCAGCUUUUGCUCUCAGGAGUGAGUUCUUUACAACAAGUCCCCUUCCUUGUGAUCCUUCAAGUCUGCCCAAAUAUCCACCAAGCAAGGAAAUUGACAUGAAACUGCGGGAAGAGGAAGCAAGAAGGAAUGGAGCGGCUAGAGGAAAGAACGAGCUUGAAAAGAAGGGAACAAAAGAUUCACGAACGAAUUCUGCAUCAUAUUAUACUAAUGCAGAACAAAUGCAGGUCAAACAAGGCCAUUCCAAUUCAAAUAGCCGAAGUGAAAUUUUCGGCUCUCGUCAAGAGAAAACUGUGUCCGGGUUCUUGGUUGCGCCCCCUAAACAGGCACGAGUUUCCAAGGAAACAAGAAAAGAUUACGCGGAGCAGCCAAAUAGAGCUUCAUACUCAGGACCGCUAGUUCCAGGUCCCGGAUUCUCCAAGGCAGGAAAAGAACUCGACCAUUCCAUCACUGUCUCGAGAAACACCAAUUUAUCGACAUUAUCGAGUUUAGUCGCUAGUAGAACUGCUCUGGCCGGAGAUGACAAACAGAAAUCCGGUCCUUUAGUGUCAGAAUCAGCGAUCCAAGCAAGCAGAUUUUCAGGACCCAUAAGGGAGAUGGACCCUGUGAGGAAGCAGGAUUGUAGGAGUCAUAUGCGCACGAAUAUUGAUUCUCGUUCAAGAGAAGAUGGAAAUGCCAGUACCAAAGAACCUGCUCUGUACGGUCGCGGGGCUGGAGGAAACAAGAUCUACGUCUCGGGCCCAUUGCUCGUCUCAUCAAACAAUGUGGAUCAGAUGCUCAAAGAGCACGACCGCCGGAUUCAAGAAUAUGCCAGAAGGGCACGGCUCGAUAAGACGAGAGCAGGCAAGGAUCAUCCCCAAGCGACCGUCGACUCUAAGCUUGUGUCCGUGCAUGAUGCCGGGUAGAUUCACUGUGUAGAGCUAUUGAAUGCCAGAUACCUUCAAAGCCGGGCAAGCUUGCCUGCCUGCCCAUGCGAAGGGAAGCGCAAACAGAGUGCUCGCAGCGUAGCUCAUCUUCCGGUUUGGAAUUUUAUCUCAUAUUGUACAGUCGGCAGCUUUCUCCGCUCAUUCUUAAUUUUAUGUUCGUGGUGGCGAGGUAUGAUCUCUUGUAAGGGAGAGUCCGCCGCGAUUUAGUACACUAUGUAAUACACAGUUUACGACAGGAAAUAGCAGAAUUAGAAUAAGGUCGAUCCAGAAA